AUGUAUGAAGCAAAUUACUCUGAAGUGUCUCAAUUUGUAUUGCUUGGACUUUCUGCCUCCAUCCCAAUGCAACAUUUCCUCCUUUUCUUCUCUACAGUAUUUUAUGUAACAAUUUUUCUGGGAAACUUCCUUGUGGUGCUUGCUGUGAUAUUUGAUCCUCGUUUACAUUCCCCCAUGUACUUCCUUUUAGCCAAUCUCUCAUUUAUUGAUUUCUGUCUUUCUUCUGCAACUGUUCCCAAGAUGAUUUCUAAUCUGUCCUCAGGACAGAAGACCAUAUCCUUCCCAGGGUGUAUCAUGCAGAUAUUUGUCCUUCAUCUCAUGGGUGCAUCUGAGAUGGUGCUGCUCAUCGCCAUGGCCUUGGACCGAUAUGUGGCCAUAUGUAAGCCCCUCCACUACCUGACUAUCAUGAACCCAAGAAUAUGCAUAUUGCUUGUGGCUUUUGCUUGGGUUGUAGGCCUCAUUCACUCUGUGGUCCAGCUAGCCUUUGUGGUUCAUUUGACUUUCUGUGGUCCUAAUGAGAUAGAUAACUUUUACUGUGACCUUCCUUGGUUUAUCAAACUUUCUUGCAUGGACACAUACAAAAUGGAAUUUAUGGUGACUGCUAACAGUGGGUUCAUUUCCAUGGGGACAUUCUCCUUAUUGACUGUUUCCUAUAUAUACAUCCUGGUCACUGUAUGGAAAAGCUCUCCUUCUGGUUUGUCUAAGGCCCUCUCUACUCUGUCAGCACAUGUCACUGUGGUGGUUUUAUUCUUUGGGCCAAUCUUGUUUUUAUACAUAUGGCCGUUUCCCCCAGUGCCAGGGGAUAAGUUUCUAGCUGUUUUGGAUUAUUUGAUUACACCCAUUCUGAAUCCUGCCAUCUACACAUUGAGAAACAAAGAUAUGAAGACAUCAAUGAGGAAACUGAGUAGUCAGUUACUGAGUUCGAGAAGCUUUCCUAAAUAG